AUGGCCGCACCCGCGAGGGAGGAGGAGGAAGCUCGCCGCGCCGCCUCCGCGCUGCCUCGUCGCCCGGCCCCACCUCGCCUCCUCCGCGCGUGCGUGCAUAGCCCGCGCGCAGGCGCGCAGCCGCGGCCGCGGGCGCGCUCCAGGCGCUGGGCUGCGCCGCCAGCAUCCCGCUGCCGCCUGCUCGGCCCCCGCACGGCCACCUGCUCCCCCCGCGCUCGGCGGCCUGCUCCGCCUGGUGGGGAGCAUGGGCCAUGGCCGCCGGAUCCGCCGCGCUCGAGCUCCGCGCCAUGGCCGUUGGGGGCACCACGUUUGAGCUGCGGGAGCAUCCGGGCCGCGUCGUCGCGGUCCCACGGUGCGGCCGCCAGGGAGGGAGGCCGGAGGAGGCCCGUGUCGGCUUGGGAAGAGGGAGGAGGGAGGAACGAGGAGGGGGAGGGGGCGCCAGCCAAGGCGAAAGGUGGCGCCGCCGAGCUCGCCGCGCCGUGGCCACUCGCUGCGCCGUGGCCGCCCGUCAAGCUCCGCCCGCGCGCGCCAUGCCCGCCCGCGGCGAGUGCGAGUGCGAGCGCCGCGCAGGCCGGCCGUCGCGCGUCCGCUGCAGGCUUGCCGGCCGCCUCUGCUGCCGCGCCGCGCAGGCGUGCCGCCGAGCUCGACGAGGGCCGCUGUGAGGAGCCGUCCGCCGCGAGGAGGGGCGCGCUGGCGAGCUCGAGCCCGUUCACCGCCGUCCGGCCUUGA